GUCGCCGUGCCUUCUGCAUGCUUCAAGGGAGAAUUGUGCGUAACGGGAUAGUCGCGCGUAACGGAAGACAGAUUUCACUCCAUUUUCCACAGGGAUUGUGAGGACCACUGGCGGUGUAACGCUCACUCGAGAGGACACUGACGACUGGAUUCCAACAGAUUUCUCAUUUCAAACAGCUCACAGCACCGUCUUUCUCCCUCCCUCUCUUCACUCUACGCCAGUCGUACGUCAGAGCUGACAUGACGACCGAGACCACUCAGCAGCAGCUGGACCCUCCGCCUCCUCUGAGAUCCAGCCCGGCGUCCGGCACCCUGCACCCCGCCAUGCUGAGCCCACAAGCCGCUACAGAAAGUUCGUCCACCGCCAUUAAAGGAAAGAAGACAAGCUCCGGUUUACGGCGACCGGAAAAGCCGCCGUACUCCUACAUCGCUCUCAUCGUUAUGGCAAUACAGAGCUCCCCCACCAAACGACUGACCCUCAGUGAGAUCUACCAGUUCCUCCAGGCUCGCUUCCCGUUCUUCAGGGGCUCAUAUCAGGGCUGGAAGAACUCCGUCCGGCAUAAUCUUUCACUCAACGAGUGCUUCAUUAAGCUGCCCAAAGGGCUGGGCAGGCCGGGGAAAGGCCACUACUGGACCAUCGAUCCGGGCAGUGAGUUUAUGUUCGAGGAAGGCUCGUUUCGUCGCAGACCCAGGGGCUUCAGAAGAAAAUGUCAAGCGCUGAAGCCCAUGUAUCGGAUGAUGAACGGCAUAGGCUUCGGCACCUCCAUCCUCCCGCAGAGUUUUGACUUCCAAGCUCCAUCGGCCACUCUCGCCUGUCACAGCAACGGCUACAACUUGGACAUGAUGAGCAAUUCGAUGGCCGGGGGUUACGACGGGCUGAGCGGCGGCCACCACGUACCCCACAUGUCCCCGAGCCCCGGUUCCACGUACAUGGCAAGCUGCCCCGUGCCGUCCAACGGGGAGUACGGACCGGACAGCAGUAGCAGCCCCGUACCGUCCUCUCCGGCUAUGGGCAGCGCGCUGGACGGCCACUCCCCGUACGCCAGCACGUCCGCGCACUGGGCUUCCUCCGGCGGGUCGCCCUACAUUAAACAGCAGCCUCUCACCUCCAGCAGCCCCGCGUCCUCUGGUUUACACUCCGGCAUGUCGCCUUAUUCUCUGGAGCCGAGCUAUCUUCACCAGAACGGCAGGGACAACCACAGCACCGACCUAUCAGUGGGGAUUCCACGCUACCAGAGCCAUUCCUCGGUGUGCGACAGGAAAGAUUUUGUGUUAAACUUCAACGGCAUCUCGUCCUUCCACCCAUCCGCUGGCGGAUCCUACUACCACCACCAUCACCACCACCACCCCCAGAGCGUCUGUCAGGACAUCAAACCGUGCGUGAUGUGAGCCGCCCCGUGACCGUGCGCGACGGGGACAGUCAAACUGCAGCUCCGUCACAACCCUUUGGAUGUAUCACACGCGCUGUGCCUCCUGUGCGUGCAGCCCAAGUAGCUUUCUUUCGUUGGACUUGAGAAAACUACGCAUUGAAGGAAAUGAAUGAAGAAACCCCAGAAGCCUUUAAAAAGCAACAACAACACUCAAUAUGACACAAUGUGAACCCGACCAGGGUUUUCUUCUUCAAAAGAAGCUUCAGAAACACACCUUUUAAUGUGUUUGCUCUUGUAACACGUGCAAACGAAUUAUAUUCUAUGUAACUAUGUUCUAUCCUAUUAGAGUAACUACACCUUGCACUUAUUUGUAUAACCCAUUGCCGACUUUUUGUCCUGUAAAAGGUUUCAAUAAAGCUGAUACAUAUUUUA